CACUUCCGGCCGCACUAGGCCUUCCGGGGCGGAGGUCACCAUGGCGGCGUCCUUAGCUCGGCUCGGCCUCCGAUCUGUGAAGCAGGUUCGGGUUCAAUUCUGCCCCUUCGAGAAGAAUGUGGAGUCAACGAGGACCUUCCUCCAGGCGGUGAGCAGCGAGAAGGUCCGUUCCACUAACCUCAACUGCUCGGUGAUUGCGGACGUGAGGCACGACGGCUCCGAGCCCUGCGUGGACGUGCUGUUCGGAGACGGGCAUCGCCUGGUUAUGCGCGGCGCUCACCUCACUGCUCAAGAAAUGUUCACAGCCUUUGCCUCCCACAUCCAGGCCAGGGCUACAGCGGGAAGCGGGGACAAGCCCGGCGCUGGUACCGGGCGCUGACAGCGCAGAAAAGCCCAACAAUCAGAUUUUAGCUUGGGAUUGUUAGGAUACCUACCUAAGAAGAGCUUGAGAGACUUCAUCACUCGAAUCACCGUCUGAAGGGACACGGAGCGCCAAAAAAAAGAGAGAGAGAGGGUCCCGUGAUUACUGAUAAACCAACGUUUCUGGAACGAGACACGAUCAGAUAGGGGUCUGGACAAACUUGAAUUUAUUUCACUUUCUUACCAUCGGCCCGUGCUUAACCCUUUUGAAUUUGGCUUCUCCCAUCACUCACUCAAGGUACCUCUUAGCCAUCAGCCAAAUCCAGUGCUGUUUUUCUCGGUCCUCAUCUUUCCAUCUCAGUAGCAUCUGCCACUUUUAAUUCACUCCCUUGUGGAACUUCUCUUCCUCUUGGGUCUUUUUCCUUUUAAUCAUAAAAGUGUACUGCUCUCAUCCUUCACUUUUUUCUCUAUUUCUGGGGCAUUUCAUCCUCUGUCAUAACAGAGGGUUAAAUCCUGCAUUUCUCUUUGGCUCUAAUCUCAACUACUGUGCUAAAGUCAGGUUACAUACUACUGAUUUCCUCCAAAUUCCACAACACUCUUUGUCCAAAAUAGAAUUGAUAAUCUUACAUACAAAUAUACUUGCCUCUUCCCCUGACUUCCCCAUUCCUUUUAAGGGCACUCAUCUGCUCAGCCACUGGGGCUGGAAACCAUAGCAUUAUCUCUGGUUCUGCCCUCUCCCUUACCCUGCAUAUCCAGUCAGUAAGCUCAGAAUAUUCUGUCUUAAACAAAAGCUUCUGAAAUGUUUUCUCCAUUCCCAUUCAUUUAACUGUAUCAUUGUAUUCUUCACCCAGUCUCCUUUUUUUCUGAUCAUUUUUACUGCUGCUUAACUUUAUUUUUCAAAGCACAUCACUGUUUUUAUGUCUUGCUACUACUUGCUUCACACUGUGCCUAACAUGUUUUUCAUACUGGGUGUGGAUCAUGAAAUCAAUUUAGGGGGAUAAAUCAACCUUUAAAAAACAAAGUAAAAUAGAACAAAAAGUAUCAGAGUGCAUGGCACAGGAAUGGGAAGUAUUCUUUUAAGAAAUUGUUCAGCCUAUAAUAAUAAAUAUACGUAUAUAAAAUAGAAAGUAUGUAUAUAUGUGUGUAUCUGCAUGUACUUGGUUGCAGUGUAGAAUUAUUCUUACCUCGGAUUGUAGGAAAAAUGGUUGAUGGCUACGGGUUUAGAGAACUUCAGAAUGCUUAGCUAGGCAAUCAAGGAUCUCUUGACACUGGCUGCUUGUAUCCUUUGCCAAAUACAUUUUCCAUGACUUUG